AAACAAACCUGUAACACCAUUUUAGUUUUCUCACACUUCUUCAGUUCAGCUGAAACCAUCUAAGAACAAUGAAAACACUGAUGAUACUCUUUCUCCUCUGUUACAUUGCAUCUGCAGUAAGACACACAAUGAAGUACUUCAUCACUGGAUCAUCUGGAGUUCCAAAUAUCUCAGAGCUUGUGGGUGCUGGAUUGGUUGAUGACAUUCCGAUGUGUUACUGUGACGGCAGCAACAAAGUAUUAGAACCAAGACAAGACUGGGUGAAAAACAUGUUAAAGAACAACUCUGAGCUGCUGGAGUGGCACACUGAACAGUGCUUUAAGUAUCUGCCAGAUUUCUUCAGAGCCUUGAUUAUCAGACUAAAGCAGCAGUUCAACCAAACUGGAGGUGUCCAUGUUAUACAGAGGAUAGAAAGCUGUGACUGGGAUGAAGACACAGGAGAGGUGACUGGCUUGAUACAGUAUGGUUACAAUGGAGAAGGCUUUCUUGAAUUUGAUCUGAAGACACUGUCAUGGAUCGCACUGAAACCUGAGGCUGACCUCAUCAAACAGAGGUGGGAUGCUGACAAAGAUUCAAACAAAGACAAUGAAAUCUUCCUCACUGAGAAGUGUCCAGAGGGGUUGAAGAUGUAUCUGGACUAUGGGAAAAGCUAUCUACAGAGAAAAGUUCGUCCCUCAGUGUUUCUACUCCAGAAAACUCCCUCCUCUCCAGUCAGCUGCCAUGCGACAGGUUUCUAUGACAGAGCCAUAUUGAGCUGGAGGAAAGAUGGAAAACAGCUUCAAGAAGGCAUGGAUAAUGGAGAGAUCCUUCCUAACAAUGAUGGGACCUUCCAGAUGAGUGUUAAUCUGAAUGUUUCAUCAGUCAGACCUGAAGACUGGAAUAGAUAUGACUGUGUGUUUCAGGUGUCAGAUGUGGAUCAAAAAAUUGUCAACAAACUGGAUAAAACAUUGAUCAGAACCAACUGGGGGAAAAAACACAGUAAAGAGGUCAUCCCCAUAAUUCUUGUUGUUCUUGUUCUUGUUGUCAUCAUUGCUGCUGUUGGAUUUGCUGUUUACAAAAAGAAAAAAGAAACACAAAAUGUGCAUCCUCAUGGCAACAACUCUGAACUUUCUGUGAGCCUGAAUCAAAACAACAUGGACAAGUAUCAAAAGUAGUAUACAGAUAACUAUACCAACUAUACCAACCAACUUAAACCAACCAACUUAAACAACUUAAGAAGAAUGAUUGCUCUUAAAAUCCUUAACUGGUAUUUUUCUUACCAGCAUAUGAUCAUUCAGUUGUUAUGGCAGAAGACAAGCCUGAACCUGCUCUUAUUCAGUAACUGCUAAAAAGUGUCUUAACUGUAGCUUUCAUGUAGGUUUUAAGAACUUAAAUAGGUCAUAUCAUCAUUUCUCAGUACUAAUAAUGUCUUACUAGUUUUCAGUCUGGGCUUUAGAUUUCACAGAGACACAGCGCUGCUAAAGGUUUUCAGCACUAUCGAUUAACAGUAUCCAUGCUCCUGCAUCAUCUAGAAACGUAGAUCUAUACUCCUUAUAAUGUUGAUUGUACCUGUCAGAUAUGCUGCCACUGCUUUCAGAUAGAACAUACUAUAUCUCUUAAAAUUACAGUCUCUCUUCAGUUCAUCAAUUACAGAUACCUUGAUAAUCUUUUUGAUCAACUUAUAAUAGUGUCAAGUGUACUGUCUCAAAAUCCUUUAAAUAUUUAUACUGAUACGUCAGAUGUUUUAAUCAAUGGAAAAAAAAAUUCUUCGUUGAGUCAGAUCAUGUCUCACCUGUCUCAAAUCUUUAAAUGCACAGCUUUAGCUUAGCACUUAAAAAAUAAAUAAAUCAGUUUUUAAUAAAUCUUUUUUUUCAUCAUCUGUCUUUGAUUUCUUUAGUUUUUUAUGAAAUAUUAUUGACAAGAAUUAAGGGAAAUGCUUUCUAAAUAAAGAAAAUUAUAUAAAAAUAUUGGGAUUUUUCAUAUUUCAUGCUUUAGCUGGGGAACCUUAUUAAAAAUGUGGAUCUGAAAACCAAAAAAUGUCUAUCAUGCCUACUAGGUUUAAAACAGCGGACCCUGAACUUGCUUGGUAAUGCUGCAAUAGGCAAAAAAGGGACAUUUAUAUAAAUUUACAAACAGAGUUAUUUUAGCUUUAAGUUUACAUGAAGCCUCUUGUAAUUUUACAGUCUUUAAAUAUUAAGUAACAAUAACUAGUAACUAUUGAACAAUCUACUGAUAAUUUAUGACUACAUCACCUGUAAAAAGGGUUUUUGUGUAUUCCAAGUCAAUGGAUUCAUCUUUUAUACCUUUUAGAAAAUAUUUAGAAAAUGUUAUUGUAAUUACAAUAAACUGUUAAUUACAGAUCUUAUCACGUAUAUACUAAAUAACAUGUAUACUGAAAGAGUUAAUAAAGCACUGGCUUUACUUUG